AUGCUGAUCAUUUUGGGGGAUUCCCCAAUCCCAGAUAACAUUGACUACAACUCCCUCAAGCACUACAUCAAGGUGCACACCACAAAGGACCAGGCGAGAGCCAUCACUAUCCUCGGCCAUUCCGACGCCGCCCUCCUCAGAGUCGAAGAUGAGCUCUACCUCGAGCUGUGCCGCCAGCACGACCGAGUCGACCUCUUUGUCGCAUCAAAGGCCGACGAGAUCUCCCGCCGCCUGCAAUAUCUCACCAGCCAGACCGGGCGACUCAUCUCCAGACGCUCCGACGAUGACGCCGGCAAGGUAACCAUCAGACGGCAGCGCAAGCUGGCCAAGCGCGAGCGAGAGCUGCUCCGCAUCGGUGACGAAAUCCAGUUCCUGCAGCGCUUCGUCAAUGCGCAGGUCGUCGCCUUCAGAAAGAUCCUCAAGAAGUACAAGAAAUGGACCGGCUCAACAUCGCUCGGCACACGCUUCAGAGACAAUGUGCUCAGCCACCCAAAGAGCUUCACCCAGCGUGAUUUUAGGACCCUUCAUCAAACCUACCAGGACCGGCUGGCGGCCAUACGUGCCGCAAGUCCAGUGGACAGCGAGCCUGUAACGCCAGCUGUUGACGACAUGCCUCCAACGCCAUCGUAUCAGAGCAAUGGCCGACUGUCGCCAAGGCAUGUCACCAUCCAGGUGCGACCAUCAGAAACACGCUCCUACCAACCCGAGGAGGUGCGGUACUGGAACGAGUACGACCACGGUAGUGAAGUGGGGGAUGUCGACGAUGGUUACGCCAUCUAUAUCAAUCCCGAUGACGAUCGUGCAUUUCCUAACCUGAUGAGUUUCCUGACCAUGCCAAUUGAAAAGACCAGAGCUUGGCUCGCAAUCCGCCAUCAACAGGCGAGCGAUGCCCGGCAGCCACUGUUGCCCACUCAUGCCAGUAUCUCCGACAGCGGCUAUGGUACAAGGGGUGACAGAACUCCCCCAACACAGGAAGAUGUGGGUUACUUCACAAAUCCGCCGGGCCAGUCUCCCGCCGGGCAGAGCUCCUCGGCCACGGCCGUAGAUACCGAUGCAGACGACGAAAACGAGAGCGAGGUCGGCUUCGAAUACGCCUCGUCAGAAGAAUUCCCCCUUGGCUACGAGGCUCACUACGCUUCCCUACCAUCCAUUGAGGAGCAACGGGUACUUCGCUACCGCGAGCGAGUCCUAUUCUUUGGCACUGUGGGAUGCUUCACAAUCGCCUUUGCCCUGGUUGGCAUCGCGGCUGUGCUCAUAUCGACCGGGCGCCACAAACUCCGUGUCGAGGUCGAUGCGGGUGUGACGGUCGGCGUUGUCGUCAGUCUGGGAUUGGCAUGCACUGCGUUAGGCAUGAUGCUUGCUCGAAAAGACCAGCUGGGCACAAUCAAUAACGCCGCGGGUUGGAUUGCCUUCGCAACCGUUUGUGUUCUUGACGGGAUGCUCCUAGUUUUGGUGAUGGGAAACACGACUUGA